AUGGGGAAUGGUGAUAAACGUCGUCCUGCCAAAAGGGUCAAGUUUUCCAAACCGGAGGAAGAACAGAGGUUGGAUGCGAUUGAUGAUUAUAGCUGGUAUAACGACGAAAGUGAUGAGGAUGAUUAUGAUUAUCGGGAUGCCGACGGGAAGAAUGGGGAUUUCACCCAACUGGGAUUGAAGCCCGACCACGAGAAUCGGCCGUUGUGGGCCUGCGACGAUGGUCGGAUUUUCCUGGAAACUUCGUCCCCACUUUACAAACAGGCCUAUGAUUUUCUGAUUGCAAUUGCGGAACCCGUUUGCCGGCCGGAGUCAAUGCACGAUAAGUUGUCGAAAACCGAACUCUCCCAACAGAUCAUUGAUUUCAUUCAUCAAUCAACGGCUAAUUAUGGUAAAGUGAAGCUUGUCCUGAAGAAGAAUCGGUAUCUAGUUGAGUCCCCAUUUCCAGAGGUGCUUCAGAAAUUGCUCCAGAAUGAAACCAUUCGGGCAGCCAGGAUUGCGUCAGAUAAGGGAUUUACUGUGGGUAAAGCUCUGGGUGAAAUAGAAGGAAAUCAUAAUGAUGGGUUGCUGAAUGAAGCUGAGAUAGCUACUGUAACAGAGGAAAAGGAAACAUAUUCAUUUGAAAUUGAUGCCAAACAGGUUGAAAUGGUCAAGCAGGCUUGUUUGCCUAAUGCUUUGAAUUAUCCCAUGUUGGAGGAAUAUGAUUUCAGGAAUGAUUUUACCAAUCCUGAUCUAGAUAUUGAGUUGAAGCCUCAAGUCCAGCCGAGACCUUAUCAGGAAAAGAGUCUUAGCAAAAUGUUUGGCAAUGGCAGAGCAAGAUCAGGUAUCAUUGUGCUGCCUUGUGGUGCCGGAAAGUCUUUGGUGGGUGUUUCUGCCGCUAGUAGGAUUAAAAAAAGUGUCCUCUGUUUGGCAACAAAUGCUGUCUCUGUUGAUCAGUGGGCUUAUCAAUUCAAGUUGUGGUCUACUAUUCGCGAAGAUCAAAUAUUUUGUUUUACGUCUGAAAACAAAGAAGCGUUUCGAGGUGACAAACCUGUUGUAGUUGUAGCCACAUACAACAUGAUUGCUUUUUCCGGUAAACGUUCUGAAGAAGCUGAUAAGAUAAUGCAACAAAUCACAAAGAAAGAGUGGGGAUUGCUUCUAAUGGACGAGGUUCAUGUUGUCCCAGCUCAAAUGUUUCGAAAAGUUAUCAGCCUUACUAAAUCUCAUUGUAAAUUGGGACUUACAGCUACACUUGUGAGAGAGGAUGAGAAGAUUACAGACUUGAAUUUUCUCAUCGGCCCCAAAUUGUACGAGGCAAAUUGGAUGGAUUUAGCAAAAGGUGGGUUCAUAGCAAAUGUUCAGUGUGCUGAACUGGAUGAUUCCAAGAAGAAGAAAGGACUCUACGUGAUGAACCCGAAUAAGUUCAGGGCUUGCGAGUUUCUGAUCCGGUUUCAUGAGGAGCAGCGUGGUGAUAAAAUAAUCGUGUUUUCUGACAAUAUUUUUGCUCUUGAAAAGUAUGCAUUGAAACUUAACAAACCUAUGAUUCAUGGUAAAACCGGCCAUGCUGAGAGGACAAAGAUUCUUGAGGCAUUCAAAACUGGCAAGGAAGUUAACACCAUCUUCCUGUCAAAGGUUGGUGAUAACUCAAUUGACAUACCAGAGGCGAAUGUGAUAAUCCAGAUCUCAUCACACGGUGCUUCAAGGCGUCAAGAAGCUCAGCGACUCGGGCGUAUUCUCAGGGCUAAAGGGAAGCUCCAGGACCGAAUGGCUGGGGGUAAAGAAGAGUAUAAUGCAUUUUAUUACUCACUUGUCUCCGCAGAUACACAGGAAAUGUUUUACUCAAGAAAAAGGCAACAAUUCUUGAUUGACCAAGGUUAUAGCUUCAAAGUUAUCACGAGCUUGCCUCCUGAUUCUGGGCCUCUGAAUUUGAGUUAUGAUCAUAAACAAGACCAGCUCAUGCUUCUUAGAGAGGUAUUGAAUGUUGGUGAAGAUGCUGCUCCUCUGGAAAAAAUGGAAGAGGAUAAAAGAUGGCAAGGCACUUAA